CGGGGGCCCCGCCCCGCCCCGCCCCGUCCGACCCCUACACCGGUUCUACGCUCCACGCCCUCCUGCCUUUCUGCGGUGCGCUCAGCUGCUCUUCAGACGCUGCGGGUCCGGCUCCAGGUCUGCUGUUUUCAUUAGCAUCUGCCACUUAGAGGUACCACAGUAAAGGAUAUUUGCUAUAUUUAAUAUUUUCCAUCAGGUUGGAGGCACGUGGCAAGAAUGGGUUUAGAAAAGUACCUGAAGCUUUUGGAGAAAAUGUCACAGUUGAUUUUGGAUGAAAUGGCAGAAGCUGAUUAUGACAGUCUGUUGAAUGAUUUUGUUGAGUCUGAGUUUUUUCUGAUUGAUGGAGACUCACUGCUGAUGACAUACAUCUGUGAGAAAUCGUUGCGGCCUGAACAGGGCCUGCACUUCUUUUACCUGGUGGAAUGCUACCUUGUGGAUCUAAUUAAUAAAGGAGGACAGUUUGCCGUCGUCUUCUUCAAGGAUGCUGAACAUGCAUACAACAGCAUCCCUGAAUUGCUUCCUCUGAGAAUGGCGUUAAUUCUCCACCUUCAGCAUAAUACCAACAUUGAUGUCCGAACAGACUUUUCUGGGUGCUUCUCACAAGAGUGGAAAAGUUUCUUGGAAGACAGUUAUCCAUAUUUUCUGAUCGUUGCCGAUGAAAGCCUGAGCCAUCUACAAGUACACCUUUUCAACUUUUUAAUCAUGCAGUCCUGGGCGAUGAAUGUCAAUGCCGUGCUCUUCUCGGGCCAAGCAUCCGAUGUCCUUCGACUUUACGCGUACUUUAUGCCGAGCAAGUACAAACACCAGUUGAUUUUCCAGAAGAAUGAAGAGCACUUUGAGAAUGCUUAUAAAACCCUGAUUAAGCAAUUGAAGGAAUGUAGAGUUUUAGCAUUAGGACGUCUUUUUGGAAAUUUAAAAUGGAAAGAUAUGAUGGAAGAGGCAUGUGAAACUAUUUCUCUGCUUAAGCAACUGUGGCCGGAAGGAUCUGACAUUCGGCAAGUUCUUUGUGUUACUUCGUGCUCCUUGUCUUUGAGUUUAUACCAUCACUUUUUAGAAAACAGAUCGAAGACCACUGAUGCUCAGAAAGCUAACAUCCAACAGGUGGAGAUGAACUGCCCCACCCUGGAGGGGGUGACAGAUUGGUGUAGACUGCACUGUCUCAGCGUGGCAUUUCUCCUCCACUUACCUCUUUCCCAAAGAGCAUGUACCAGAUUCAUCACUUCCCGCUGGAUUAAGGACAUUCAGACUUUCUUAACAAUGAAAAAGUGGUGUGAAUACUUCAUCCUAAGUAAUAUAGACGUUUUUGAAUUUUGGAAUCUGGAUUUAACUCACCUUUCCGACUUAAGUGAUGAGCUUUUAUUGAAGAAUAUAGCAUUUUACUAUGAAAAUGAAAGUGUUCAAGGGCUACAUUUGAAUUUGGGAAAUGGCAUUAUGAAAGAUUAUGAACAUCUCUGGGAUACUGUAUCAAAGUUGGUCACAAAGUUUGAUGUUGGAAAGCCAUUUCCUCUGAGAACAGAACAAUUUCCUUUUCUUAAAAAGGAUCCAUCACCAAUCAAAGAUACCUCCAAGGAAAAGAUGGCUAAUUUGGGUUUUAUUCCAGUGUCAUGUCAGGUGGUUGAUAAGUUUGCCGGGGACCUUUUGAAAGAUUUGCCUUUCCUAAUGAGCGAUGAUCCUAUUGUAACUUCACUGGUCAAGCAGAAAGAAUUUGAUGAGCUUGUGCACUGGCAUUCUCACAGACCCCUUAGUGAUGAUUAUGACAGGACAAAGGGUCAGUUUGAUGAAAAAUCUAGAGAUCCUCGUCAUCUUAGAUCUGUGCAAACGUAUCAUCGUUUUCAACGAUUUUAUGGGAAGUCAUUAGAAUCGGUCUCUUCAAAAUUUGUUGUACCUCAAGCUAUCAAGCCAAGGAAGAAUUUCUGUGAACCCAAGAGCAAAAAGAUACAGGAGACCAAGGCUGAAAAAAUUGCUAGAGAGAAUAAGGAGAGGCUGUUUGCCAAGGAAGAAGAAAAAGAAGAGAAAAAAUGGAAUGUUCUGUCCUUUUCUAUUGAGGAGGAAAUGAAAGAGAAUUUAAACUCUGGAAUAAAGAACCUAGAAGAUUUUUUGAAAUCAUGUAGAAGUAGCUCAGUGAAAUUUCGAGUUGAAAUGGUGGGGAUUACUGCCUGCUUGAGAGCGUGGAAAGAACAUUGCCGUGGUGAAGGUGAAACCACAAAAGAUUUAAGUAUAGCUGUUCAAAUGAUGAAAAGGAUCUACUCCGUGAUGGAAAAAUACCCAGAACUUUUGCAAGAGGCAGAUCGGCAACUCAUAGCCAGAUGCCUUAGGUACUUAGGAUUUGAGGAGUUGGCAAGUACUUUGCAUCCAGCGCAGGUCACAGAAAAUGACAUGAAGGAGAAGAAGAAGAACAAAUACUCAGUUGGCAUUGGGCCGGCUCGGUUUCAGCUGCAGUACAUGGGCCAGUAUUUGGUACGAGAUGAGAGGAAAGAUCCAGACCCCAGAGUCCAGGACUUUAUUCCUGACACCUGGCAGCGAGAGCUCUUGGACGUCGUGGACAAGAAUGAGUCUGCGGUCAUAGUGGCCCCCACGUCCUCAGGGAAGACCUACGCCUCCUACUACUGCAUAGAGAAGGUGCUACGGGAGGGCGACGAUGGGGUGGUCGUGUACGUGGCCCCCACCAAGGCCCUUGUCAAUCAGGUGGCAGCAACUGUUGAGAAUCGUUUUAGCAAAAAUCUGCCAAACGGUGUAUCUCUGUGCGGUGUUUUUACACGGGACUAUCGUCAUGAGGCUCUAAACUCCCAGGUACUUAUCACAGUGCCUGCCUGCUUUGAACUUCUGCUGCUAGCUCCGCAUCGCCAGGCAUGGGUGAAAAGGAUCAGAUAUGUUAUAUUUGAUGAGGUCCACUGUCUUGGUGGAGAAAUUGGAGCAGAAGUCUGGGAGCAUCUCCUUGUCAUGAUCCGCUGUCCCUUCCUGGCCCUUUCUGCUACCAUUAGCAACCCGGAGCAUCUCACCGAGUGGCUACGAUCCAUAAAACAGUACUGGAAACAAACGGACAGUAUGAUAGAAAAAAAUACUGCUUCUUCAAGAAAUGCCGGCUGCCGCGCCAGUUCUCACCAAGACUACUUACUGAGGAAGCAGUCGUAUAAAGUGAGACUUGUGCUCUAUGCAGAGAGAUACAAUGAUUUAGAGAAGCACAUAUGUUCAGUAAACAAUCAUGACAUCUCCUUUGACCAUUUUCACCCGUGCGCUGCGCUGACCGUGGACCAUAUUGAAAAGUUUGGAUUCCCUUCUGAUCUUACCCUUUCGCCUCGAGAAAUGAUCCAGCUUUAUGAUACCAUGUUUGAAUUCUGGGAAGGUUGGCCCAGGGCUCAGGAGUUGUGUCCGGAGGAAUUCGUUCAUUUUAAGAAUAAAAUAGUCAUUCGAAAGGUGGAUGCUAGAAAGUAUGAAGAGAGCUUAAAGGCAGAGCUGACGGGCUGGGUGAAGAGCGGUCACGUCCAGGAGGCCAGAAUGGUCCUGAGGAAUCUUCGUCCUCCUUCGGUGGUUAGUUCAGAAAACAUGGCACGUAUGUUUCCACGUCUUGUUGAAAAGCUAAGACAAAUGGAGAAGUUACCUGCACUGUUUUUUUUAUUUAAUUUAGGGGCUGUAGAGAGAAGCGCUGGAAGUGUGAAAAGGUUCCUAGAGAUAAAGCAACAGAGCAGAAGGCCCCUCAAGGCUGAUAAGGAGGACUAUGACAUGGAGAGCAAACUUCGAAAAGUUAGAAAAUCCCUUGAGACACAGAAGACAAUAGAUAAAAGAAGCCAGAAGAAUCCCAGAAAAAUGGAUCAAAGCCUAAUCCUUGCAGCUGAACGUGCUAAUCUCCUCAAGGUUUUUGAGAAGAACUUGGAGAUCCCUCAGGACUGCACAUAUGCUGAUCAGAAGGCCAUAGAUGCUGAGACUUUGCAGAGGGUGUUUGGCCGAGUGAAAUUCUCAAGGAAAGGCGCUGAACUGAAGGCUUUGGCAGCAAGAGGGAUUGGAUAUCAUCACAGCUCUUUGAGCGCCAAAGAAAAGCAGUUAGUUGAGAUUCUUUUUAGGAAAGGAUUUAUUAGGGUGGUGACCGCUACGGGGACACUUGCUUUAGGAAUCAACAUGCCUUGUAAAUCUGUGGUUUUUGCUCAAAACUCAGUCUAUCUGGAUGCUUUAAACUACAGACAGAUGUCUGGACGGGCCGGACGACGAGGUCAAGACCUGGGGGGAGAUGUGUAUUUCUUUGGUAUUCCACUCUCUAAAAUCGAAAAGCUCAUCAAAUCCAACGUCCCUGAACUGAGAGGGCAGUUCCCUCUCAGCAUCUCCCUGAUCCUGAGACUCAUGCUUCUGGCUUCCAAGGCAGAUGACCCCGAGGACGCUAAGGCAAAGGUGCUGUCGGUGCUCAAGCACUCACUGAUCUCCUUCAAGCAGCCCCGGGCGCUGGAGAUGCUGAAACUGUACUUUCUGUUCUCCGUGCAAUUCCUGGUCAAGGAGGGCUAUUUAGAUCAAGAAGGUAAUCCUACAGGCUUUGCUGGACUUGUGUCACAUUUGCAUUAUCACGAGCCUUCCAAUCUUGUUUUCGUCAGUUUUCUUGUAAGAGGCCUUUUCCAUAAUCUCUGUCAACCAACCAGGAAAGGCUCGAAACAUUUUUCUCAAGAUGUUAUGGAAAAGCUAGUGUUAGUAUUGGCAAAUCUGUUUGGCAGAAAAUAUCUUCCAGCAAAGUUCCAAGAUGCUACGCUCAAGUUUUAUCAAUCCAAGGGCUGAGAAGACUGAGACCCACCAGCCUCAUACUCAAAACCCAAGAGGGCUUAAGAGCAGAGAUGCACCAGAUGUAGACUGAGACUUACUAAAACUGGAAAACAGUAUCAAUCCACUUCAAUCUCUACUUAGACUGAGGUGAUCACAUCUUCACUCACUUGGCCAAACACAAAAUUGGGGAGCUCACUCCAGUGGAAGAUAACAUUGUUUGAAGUCUAUCAGGUCCUUUUACAAACACUUCUGGUGAAAGAAAAAUAAAACCUAAAAAAGUGAGUAAGCGAGAACAUAUGACCAAUUAGCAGGAAUGAAAGCAGGCAAUAAUAAUCAACACGAAGAUGAUUCAGAUAUUGAAGUUAGAAUAUGAGGACUGCUCAAGAAAAUGGGGGAAGAGAUAGAAUUGAUGAAAGGAUGGAGACUUUCACUAGAUAAUUACAAAAUUGAUGAGAAUAGAGAAUUUCACCAGGUAAUUAAUUGGACCGUCCAGAAUUGAAAAAUGUACCGUCUGAUCAGAAUAUACAUAUCAGAAGUCAAAAUCAGUGAGUUGACUGAUAGCUCAAUAAAAGGUGUCUGAAUUGUAGCACAGGGAGAAAAAAAUGAAAAUAAAAACAAUAGCAUAUGAGAAUGUGGAUCGCAUUCAAAAGGUUUAAUGUAAUAUAAUGGCAAUCCCAGAAGAAGAGGAGGGAGAAGAAUGGCCGGAGGGUAUUCAAAAAUAAUAGCUGGGAAUUUUCCCAAGCUGAUGAAAGACAGCACUCCAUAGUUUCAAAAGAUUAGUCAACUUCAAGAAGGAUAAAGAAACAUUAAACUAAAACUACUGAAAAUCAAAAACAAAGAGAAAAACACAAAUCAGCUAGAGCCGAAAUAGACAUUUCCUUGAAAAAAGCAAUAAUAAGAUGGAUAGCUGACUUUCUGACCAAAAUAAUGGAAGGUAGAAGAAAAUGGGAAUAUAAUUUUCACUCCACUCUGUUUAUUUUUAUGCAUGAAUGUGUACAGAUACUGAGCGUAUGUUUUAAACAUAAGUUAAAACAGGGUAAAUAUAUUGUGAUUGGUUUCAUGACAUAUCAAGAGGAUAUGCAUACCUUAUUUUAAAAGUUUUUUUGAGGUAUAAGUGAUAUAUAAAAAUGGCAUACGUUUAAUAUACACAUGUUAAUGCGUUUGGACGUAUGCAUACACCUGUGAUAUCAUUGCCACAACAAAGGCACUAAACAUACCCACCAUGUCCAAAAUAUUUCUUCUGGUUUUAUUUAUUUAGUUAGUUAGGAAUACUUACCAUGAGAUUUAUCCUCUUAAUGUAGUUUAAAGUACACAGUACUGUAUCGUUAACAUAGGUACUAUGUUGUAGAGAAGAUCUACAGAAAUUAUUUAGCCUGCAUAACAAUAAUUUAUAUUCAAUGAAAAACAAUUCCCUAUUUCCACCUCCACCCAGCCCCUGACAAUAUUCUCUGCUUCUAUGAGUAUGACUGUUUUAGGUCCCCCAUGUAAGUGGA